GCUCUCUGAAAACUCUGGAUUUCCAAGCGGCGAACUUCCCCAAGACUCUCAGUUCCUUCAUCCGUGACUGAGCUCGGUCACUCAGUCCGAAAAGCUCUGGACGAGAAAGGCGCAGGUCGGGCGGCCUGGACAAACGAGCACUGUGAUGUCUUGCCGGCGAACGCGCAGACCGACAGGAAACCAACAGCCGAGGCGGCACAGACGGGAAGGCGACAGGAAACACCGGCCUCUCUGCAGGUCGUCGCGAGAGAAGCAGACAGCCACGGAGAAGUUGCGUAGAGCAGAAACAGAUGAUGCAGGGAGAGUUCCGGAAACGCUCUUUUAUCUGGAGGAGAGGGACAAGAAGCCACUCUUUGAAGCGUCGGUGAGGAACGCGGGGCUCGGCUGCUGUGUGCGCUGCGAGACGAGAAAGCGAGCUGAGGAGGGAGGAGUUGCAGUGAGUAUUUACUUUAGUUCAGAACGAUGCAUCCGGCUUCCGUUUCCAUGGAAGAGGCUGUUGUUUCUCCCAGUCCACCUCUGUGCUGUUUGAGUGGAACGAACGAGACAGGGGCGACGACUCUGGCUGACUCGCGCGAAGCAGAUAAAAGAAACUUCGUUCUUCUUUGCGUCAGCCAGCGAAGAAGCGCAGCUUCGUUUUCGAACGCGAGAAAAACGAGUGUACAUACACCCGAGCAUCAGUUCCUCUCGACGCGCUCUUUCUCUUUUUCUGUUCGCUUAGAAACAGGAAGGUGCACCGUCGUUUCUUUGCGGCCUGGGUUUUCCUGCACACGAAAAACUCUCUCGCCGCUACCGUCUUUUGCCUUGUUCUUCGUUUCGCUCUUCUCGUUCUCCUCUCUCUUUUCUCUCUUCUUGCGGUUUCCCCCAAGAACACUCUGGUGUUCACUUCUUUCGCCUGUCCUGUGAAAGAAGAACUUUUCCUUCGUCUCCCCAGUGUCGUCUUCGCCGUCCCCGCGAGCCCCCUCUUCCGCCAGUCCGGGAGAGGCAGCGCGAUUCGUCUCCUUCUUUCUUUGUCUUGUUUCUCCGUGAUUUUUACUCGCGAGGAAGAAGUUCGAAAGACUCCACGACCAGUCCCCUGCCAGCUCCGAGGCGGUCUCUUGUCUUCCCCAGUUCUCGCGUGUUGGUUUCUUCUCUUUUCCUCUGAGCUUCCGACGGGUCCCCGCUGUUUACUCUUCUUUUCUGUAUCUGUCUCCCCUUCAUGCAUUUCUUUGUCUCUUCUCCAUCCUUCUGUCGCUUCUCGUCUUUCUUCUCUGCUCCUCUGCUUCUUCUCUCUUCUCUCUGUUCUUUUGUCACUUUCUUCUGUCCAUCGGAUUUUCUCGCGUAUCCCUCUCUCGUCUGCUUCCUCUCUUCUCUUUGCUCUCACUUCUCUUCUCCGCUUUUCAAGCAAUAAUCUUCACUUUUCGCGCGACUCCGCAUCGAUUCAUUCGUGUCUCGUUCUCCGCGCCGCUGCGUCUCCUGCGCUAAAUCCGUUUUCGUUGUCUUUCCAGCCAUCUCUUCCUUUUCUCUCUUCUUCUCCAAGAUGGUGUCGCUCGAGGAACUGCAGAGGCAGUUCAUGGCUGUCCAGGAGGCGGCGCCGACGCAGAUGCUUUCGGAGCGCGCAUGCGUCGACAUUGUCGUCAAAUUGAUGGAGAAGAAAAAAAUCCAACUUGUCACGACGACAAACGGCAAGGAAUUCGUCACCUUGGAGACCCUUGCGCAGGAAAUUCGAACCCACCUCGCCAAUCAUAAAGGGCGCGUAAACGUGAUCGAAAUGGCAACAGCGCUCGGUGUGAGUCCCGACAUCGUGGAGGCGAAGACGGAGGAGAUGACGCGGAGGAGCAGGCAUUUGAUGCUUCUUGACGGUGACCUCAUUUCCACGCUGUACCUUAACAUGAUCGCUGGAGAAAUUGAAAAUCUCCUCGAAGAGAAGGGCCAACUGACGAUCGCGGAGUUAUCUCAAAAGUAUUCUCUGCCGGCUGAGUUUUUACGUCAGGAGAUCCACGCGCGUCUCGGCACAGUCAUUCACGGCGAACUGAAAAACCAGUAUCUGACGACGGCUCACUUCUCGCGGCGAGUUGAAAGCAUCGUCCGAGGCGUCUUGACAGCUGCAUGCAGACCUGUGGCUGUCUCGGCUAUCGCCACAGAGUUCAAUCUCCCGAACGACAGCGUGACCAAUGCAGCAGUGCAGCUGAUUCGCCUUGCGCAACUCCAGGGACGCCUGCAGAGUGGCAUCUUCACUCCGGCGCGGUUUUCGACAGGUCAAAGCGACAAGGUCACCUCCUUCUACAAAGCAAACGCGUUUGUGCCGUUUUCUCUCGCCAAGGACUGUGGUUUCUCGGACGCCCACGGCUUUCUCCAGAAGGAGUUUCCGGAAGGCAUCCCGCUGGCCACGGUGUACGUACACCCCCAGCUUGUCGCCCCCCUUCAUGCGAACCUUCAAGAAGCGGUAGCGGCGUCUUCUUGGGCGGACGUGAGUUCUCUGUUUCCUGCCGCCCUCACGCCGGAAGACGCUCACCUGUUGCUUCUCCUGGCGGCGGAAGAGUCUGCAUCUGGGCGCAAAGGCGCCUCUCCCUCUACCUGCAAGAAGCCUUUGCCUCUAGUGACUUUCGACGACGGCGUCGCUCUCUCUCACGGCUUCCUGGACAUCUUUUGCCAAGCUGUGGCGCCUUUCCUCGCGAAAAAAGCAGCCGCUGAAGCCGAGAAGUCCACCGCCGGGGCCGCCGCCAAACACACCGAGGAGAACAGUCACAACGCAGGACCCGCCAGCGAUGAUUCAGACGAGGAGGCAGAAGGUCGCAACCGACGACGGGGGAAAGGCGCACGGAGAGGGAGAGGGGAUGACAAGAAGAAGAAGAAGUCUGCUGCGGCGACAAGUGCACCAGCGUCAGGGACGGUCACCCUAGGAGACAUUGAAGAAGUGUGUUCGUCAGAUGCCUCCGACGAGAAUUCUCUUGCGGAUCUCUGGACUUCACUUCCUCCUCACGUGCAGCAGAGACUGUGGGAGACGGUUCAAGCGCGCCUGGACGCUCAUUAUCAGAGGUGUGUCGCCGACUCGCGCCGGUCUCUUCGGGAGCAGCAGAGAGCGAAGACAGAGCGAAGGGCGGCGAACUUCCAAGAGGAAUUUGAGUCGAUUGUUCUUGCGGUCAAAGGCCUCGAGGCUCUCGGCAUUUUGGACGACGCAAAACACCCUCUCGUCGUGCAUCUUUUCAAGACAUCUGUCGGGACUCUCCUCGAUUCUCUCGUGGAAGCUGCUGUCGCCGAAGCUACCUCGGAGCCUCCGCAGGUGAACACUCAGAACCGUCGUCAGUGUCUUGAGAAGGCCGCGCAAGCAGGUGGGGACGUGGAGAAUCUUCUCCGUGCAUGCGACGUCGUCCAAAAGCGAGCGGGUGCAGAUUUAAUCGACUCUCUGCAAGGUGCUGCUGAAGACAGCCACAUUCUGCUGCGGGUGCCCGACAAACGGCGCGUGAAGCAACUCGUCUCCUCGCGAAGAGCCGCUGCCCAGGAGGCUCUCGCUUCUUCAACUUCCUGCGACCCUGCCGCUGUGCUCCACGCAGCGCUCGGCCUUCUCCUUGUUCAGAGAACUUCCCCUCACGGUUCGAUCCCGUUUCCGAAGGACUUCUGGGCGGCGACGACUGUCUGGGCGCUGCUCGGCAACGGCGCAGCGGGGUCCGGGGAAUUCGCCGGCAAAAGCAGCCUCGCCCUGGCCGACGUCCAGCCGCUGUGGCUCGCUGUCAGUGCCGGAGAAGCAGGAAAAGCUAGAGGCGAAGCUGCUGCCGACGCUCCUGGAUCCGAGACGCACAGAGUUAUGGAGUUGGAGGCGUCGAAGUUGCUGAAUGUGUUCGCGGAGAGAAAUCAAAAAAAAUAAGGACUCAAAGUUGCAGUGAAAUCAUCGAAACCGACUGGCGUUGGGAGAGAGGGGAAAUGUGUCGCACUCAAGGACUGAAAGGGUGCCUUUCUCUGUUUCGAUCGAUGGCCGAUUCACGCAUAUAUAUACGGGCACGGUUUUCUUGAUGUGGUGGAUUUCUUCCUACUGGUGUACGCAGCAGUCGCCUUCUUCUGGCAGGGGUCUUUCUUCCCAGUCUUUUCGUCUCCUCUUGUUCAGGUCUCUCCCGCUUUGAAAGUUUUCCUUUUUCUCAGGCCGUUCCAUUAAUACAUGUGGUGUGUCAGAUUUAUAAUAACUACAAAGUCGCUGUGGUUACUCUCCUGAAGAUUGCUUUCCUUACAUCGCAUGCAGACGGACGGCUCUAGAGUCCGUUCACUUGCAGGCAACUCGCCGAACUCGAUACUUGCCACCAGGCGAUCGAUUCCCUCUAGUAGAAAUGCCCCUCCCCUUGAUCCUCCAAUCUGAUCAGCGG